AUGUCUCGGUUCAAGGUGCUCUCCACGGUCUUUGAUUUGCCUCCGCUUGCCAGACACCGUCGCGCUCAGGCCGUUCAGUCCACUGCGGAAGAGCCUGCUGUGACGGAACGAAGUUUGGAUGGGGGAGUCCAGCAUGCGGCGUUCGCUGGUCAGACGGACUAUGACGAGUUCAAGCUGCCAAAGACGAUGUCCCUGGUGAUCGUUCUCCUGGCAAGCGCACUCUUGCAGGUCUCUUUCUUCAUCGUUGUAUCAUCUUCAGACCAGUAUGCACAGCAUCUGGGCGGUACUGCUACGUUCUCUGGUCUCGUCAUUGGUAUCCCCACCGUCUUCUCUGGGCUCGCUCUAGUGCCCUUGAUGAAGCUCGAUCAAGGUGGAUACAAGAGGCCGCUGCAUUUCGCAUGUGCUUCCGCUUUCCUGGGCAAUGUACUCUACAGCUUGGCGUACCGCGCCAACUUCCUAUACCUGAUACUGCUCGGGCGGAUCGUGUCUGGAUUUGGGUUCACCUUCUGGAUGUACUCAAAGCGAUACUGCUCGGACCCGCGGAUCGUAGGCGUGCGCCGCCGAACCAUGCUCGCAGGUUGGCUAGUCCUUGGGCAAGGCGGUGGUAUGACUAUCGGACCCUUCUUCGGAGGUCUAUUCUAUAAGGUCGGGUUCUCGAACGGCGUCUUCAAUGGCUACACGGCGCCUACCUGGGUGCUUGCUGGCGUUUGGGCUGUUUUCUGGGUAUUCUCGGCUCUAUGCUUCGAAGACGUUCCUGCCGUGUCCCGCACGGCCCAGGACAUCGAACUGCAGCCCGUUCAGCUACAACAGGAUUCCUUCAGAGACGAUGAUAAGAAGGCUGUCAUGACUCAAGAGGAUGCAGCGCCCACUGAGGCAGGGCCAUCUGCCAUACAGAAUGAUUGUGGGCAGACCAAAAUCUCAUUUUCGCCGCUGAUUGAUUCACCCAUUCGCGACACAGCCCAAACUAUCGAACAGCGCUCGAGCAGCCCCGACCUCGGCGAGCCGCAGCAGAUAAGAAUGUCUGGUCCUCAGUGGGGCGUCACGGCCACGAUGUGUUGGUUCGCAAUGACAUGCUUUUUUAUCCUGGGUGCAUGGGAGGCGAACAUACCCGUGUUCACUGGCUCGGACUCGACCCUUAACCCAUUCCACUUCAGCCCGACAGCGGCGGGCAAUCUCAUCGCCCUCGGCGGUAUCAGCUCGCUGCCAUUCCUCGUGGCGAACGUGUUCGUCGCCCGGCGCGUGCAGGACCGACACACGCUCGCCGUGGGGACCAGCAUCGGCCUCGCCGGCCUGCUCAUCGCGAUCGCUAUCAUGAGCUCGCGUACGGUGACGUACGGUAGCUUGUUCGUGUGCUGGUUCCUCAUUGCACUAGGCUUCAACUUGUCCAGCACGGUGACGCUGAGCCUACUGUCGAAGCAGCUGCCGGGCCAGUGGAAUUCUCGGAUCAGCAUGGCGAUCCAGUAUAGCAACUACACGGGAAGGGUGACGGGCGCAGUAUGGGGUGGCGCGGGUGUGAAGAUCGGGAUGCUAAGCUUUGUGGGGAUGCAGGUGGCGUUGGUCGCUGUGGGCGCGGUGAUGUUCAUGACGCUCUGGAGGAACCUGAAGGCGAAAACAGGCUAA